AUGGGAUCGGUCUUAAACCAGCAAUAUUCAACAGGGGCGAGUAAAGGUGGAGACAAGCCCGGGAAGUUGCCGGAGGAGGAGGAAGAGGAGGAAUCCCAGGUUUUGCACGGAACCGGCCAUUGCAAAUGGUUUAAUGAGAGAAUGGGAUUCGGGUAUAUCUCCAUGAGCAACCGAGAGGGAAGCCCCUUGGAGUCUCCAGUUGAUGUCUUUGUACACCAAAGCAAGCUUUACAUGGAAGGAUUUAGAAGCCUAAAAGAAGGAGAACCAGUGGAAUUUACUUUUAAGAAAUCUUCCAACGGCCUUGAAUCAAUACGGGUAACAGGCCCUGGAGGGAGCCCCUGCUUAGGAAGUGAAAGACGACCCAAAGGGAAGACAGUACAAAAAAGAAAACCAAAGGGAGAUAGGUAA